AUGGCCUCUCCUCCCUCCCCGCAGCCGCAAUGGCUCCCCCCGCAACUCACCACCUCCCCCUCCCCCACGAUCCACGCCCUCACCAGCUCCCUCCUGCCCCCCCUCCUCCGCGCCCUCUCCCAGAUCGGCCUCGCCCUGCGCUCCUCGCACCGCGUCUCCCUCGCCGGCUCCGCAAACUCCUUUGGCGACGACCAGCUCAACGUGGACGUCGCCUGCGAGGCCAUCAUGCGCGCCGCCCUCGCGCAGUGCCCCCUCGUCGCCUCCGCCAGCAGCGAGGAGGACCCUGAAGAGAAACAGAUGCUGCACCAGGACGAGCCCUCCGGCGCCGUGACCUCGCAGGAGAGGUUUUCCGUGGCGUUUGAUCCCCUGGACGGGAGCUCCAUCAUUGCGGCGAAUUGGACCGUGGGCACGAUUGUCGGGGUCUGGAAGGGGGAGACGGCGCUGGGCAAGGAUCCGAGGGAGCAGGUCUGUUCGCUGAUGGGCGUUCACGGGCCGCGGACGACGGUGAUUGUGGCCGUGCGGGACAGUGCAGAGGACGCCGAGGGGGUUUGCUUCGAGCUGGGGCUGGAUGACGACGGCAGCGUGGAGGUGAUUCGUCCCAACGUGAAGCUGUCCGCGCCGCCUUACAAGACGCGAUACUUUGCGCCUGCCAACCUGCGCCACGCCGCGGAUUCGCCCGCCUACGCCACCCUCAUCUCCUCCUUCAUCGCGAAAAAGUACACCCUUCGGUACUGCGGAGGCCUGGUGCCCGACCUGGGCCACGUCCUGAACAAGGGCCACGGCGUGUACGUCUCGCCCGUCGCGGAGGCGAGCAAGGCCAAGCUGAGGAGGCUGUACGAGGUCCUCCCCGUGGCGCUGGCGGUGGAGUGCGCGGGGGGCAGGGCGGUGGACGAGGAGGGGAGGAGGGUGCUGGAGAGGCGGGUGGGCGGGUGCGAUGAGAGGGGCGGCAUCAUCUUUGGCAACGAGGAUGAGGUUGAGGAGGUGGUGAGGGUUUUGUUUGGGUGAGA